AUGCUCGACACGGAGACGGUGCAGGGAGACCUCGGCUGGGUCGCCUUCCCUCCUGACGGGUGGCAGCCCGCGAGUGGCCAGGGCCCCCGGCGCUUGUACCAGGCGCAGUGCGGCCCCGCCGCGCCCCGCCAGGACAAGUGGCUGCGCACCGACUGGGUCCCGCGUGGCGACGCUCUCCGCGUCUUCCUCGAGUUUACUACCGUGAGUCGGACGACACCGGAGACGUCCCCCGCCGGCGUCUUCGCGGACGACGAGCGGCGGCUCUUCUCCAAGGUCGACUCGGUCGGCUGGGACAGGUCGGAGGCCGGGGAGACCACGGCGUCGUGCGACGUGGGGCCCCUCUCCCGGGGCGGCCUCCGCCUGGCGUUCCGCGACACGGGGGCCUGCGCCCAGGCUGCUGUCCGUGCGACUCUUCCACAGGCCUGCGCCCGGCGCUGGCGCUCGGACUCGCCGCGUUCCCCGACGCGCCGGCCGCCGGCGACGGGCGCCCCGUCCCCCCCCGUGGUGCGUGUCCAGGCGGGGAUCGUCUCGGAAGACUCCGUCCUGGUGACCUGGCUCGAGCCAGAGCAGCCCAACGGCUUCAUUCUGGACUACGAAGUCACAUGCUACGAAGAGCGAAGUGAGCAGCAAGUGGUCAUCUGGGCCGCCGCGGUGUCCGCCCUCCUCGCGGGUCUGCUGCUCAUCGCUGCCUCUUUCAUCAUGCGUCAAGAAGAGGCUCUACAUCGCCCACACGACUACGACUUGCCCAUGACGCUCUCCCGCGAGUUCGCCAAGGAAAUCGACGCUUCGCGAUCAAACUCGGACACGUCAUCGGAGAGAGUUUGGCAGGUGCGCAUCGGAUACCUGAAGCGUGAGGGCAGCAGCGGAGGGGCAGCGACGGUGAGCGUGGCCGUCAAGACGCUGAAGGGCAGAUCCGACGAGCAGCAGCAGCAAGACUUCCUGUGCGAGGCGAGCGUCAUGGCGUUCGACCAUCGCAACAUCGUCCGCCUGGAGGGCGUCGUCACCAAGAGUAAACCCGUCAUGAUCAUCACCGAAUUCAUGGAAAACCAUUCCUUGGAUGUGUUCCUCAGGAAGAAGAAGGGCGACUUGCUGUUGCCCCAGCUGGUGGGGAUGCUGCGGGACGUGGCAUGCGGCAUGCGGCACCUGUCCCGCGUGGGCUACGUGCACCGAGACCUGGCCGCCCGCAACGUGCUCGUCAGCGGCGAGCUCACGUGCAAGGUGUCCGACUUCGGACUCUCGCGGAUGCUUCUGCCGGACGACCACUCCGAGGCGGUGUACACCACCCGGGGGGGGAAGAUCCCCAUCCGCUGGACCGCCCCGGAGGCGAUUUCCCAGCUCAGGUUCACGUCGGCAAGCGACGUGUGGAGCUACGGCGUCGUCAUGUGGGAGGUGAUGACACACGGCGAGCGGCCAUACUGGGACAUGAGCAACCGGGACGUGCUGGAGGCAGUGGAAGGUGGCUGGCGACUGCCACGUCCCAUGGGAUGCCCCAUGUGUCUCCGUCGCCUCAUGCUGAGCUGCUGGCACGCGGAGAGCUCCUGCAGGCCCUCGUUCACCCAGCUCGUCACCGCCGUCACCGACGCGCCGCACUACAGUUUCUCGUCCGCGGUGGCGGUGGCCUCCACACGCCGCGGCGACUUCUCAACGUCGACGACGCCGCCGCCGAUUCUUCCACCACCUCCUCCCACUGCGUCUUAG